CCAGCGUGUUGCUAUUAUGGGCCGCAACUGGCUGCCCACAAAUGAGCCGCCCGCGCGGAUGAUGACAUGUUUCAGCGCGUUUGCUUGCUUGCUGCCGGGCAGUCUGCGUGCGCGCCGCCUCAGUGCGCCGCUGCUGCUGCUGCCGCUGCCGCCAGGCACCGCCGGGCCCUGCGCAGUGCUCUCAGGUUCCUGAGCAGCGCAGGUGUGCCGCUAGAAUCGUCCUUCGAUAGGCAGGCCGAUGUGAUUCGAGGGCCAGGCGACGCCCACCUCUUUUCGGACACAUGCCGAUCCCGCACAGCGGGGUCAAAGCGCCGCUGCGCUGUGCAUCACGAUUGACACGGGACCCCGAGCGGAGGCCGCGAGCCUGG